AUGGGCGACUGCAAGGAGCAGCUGGAGGGGAUUCAGAGUGGCGCCGCCGAACUCGGAGUGGGGAGGGGAUUGGAGGCUGGCCGGUGGAGGAAUGGGAGCGGCGGUGGCGUGCUCCUCGAGGGGUACGUGGAUGGCGGGUUGCAGGGGGGCGACGGGUACUUGAACGGGGCUGGCGUGGUGAGGUCGAAGAGCCUUACAGACGAGGACCUGGAGGAACUGAAAGGGUGCCUGGAUCUGGGGUUCGGAUUCAACUAUGAGGGGAUCCCGGAGCUCUGCAGCACGUUGCCGGCGCUGGAGCUCUGCUACUCCAUGAACCAGAGGUUCCUGGAAGAGCAGCAGCGGGAAAAGGGCGGCUCUCUCUUGGGUCCAGCGGGGGGUGUAGAACAUCUCCCUGCGGCUUCUAGCGCCAUGGCAAACUGGAAGAUCUCCGAGCCUGGUAAAGCGCGAAUUGGCCCCGUACUUUCAGCUUCUGAUUGGUCCUUUUUCGGGCUUGAUGAGAUUCUAUAGCCUCUCAAGAAUGCCUGUUCUCUGCUCUUUUUUUUCCUUCCCGCAACAUUGUCCUUGCUCAAGAUCAUAGUCAUUUUAGAGUAAUUGGUUUCUUUCCAAUUUGGGUCACAUUCUCAAAGAAACAUGAAUGAUGAUGUUGACGAUGACGAUGACGAUGAUAUGAAGGGCAGUAAUCUCUCAUUAUUAUCAGUUCGACUCAUACAAUGGUGACUACUUCAGCAAGUAGAGAAUCCCUUGAUAUCAUCUAUUACCAGCAUGUUAUAACGAUUGAUUCAUCUUACCAUAUCUUUAUCUUUUGAACUGACGUGGGAAUCUUAUGUUCCUCCUCUCAGGAGAUCACCCGGAGGAAGUCAAGGCGAGGCUGAAGUACUGGGCUCAGGCAGUGGCCUGUACACUCCACAUGUGCCGCUAG